CAUCCUAGUAGCAGUCAGAAGACAGUUCUUAUCCGUAAACAGCGAAGAUGCUUCCUAAGAAGGAGUUUAUAUUGCUCUCUAUGAGCAUCCUGAUUUUUGUUUCGAAAGCUGAGGAAACCGUAAAAGCCAGUGAAACCGCGAAAUCGGAUGAUCUCCAGGCUGAAGCCACUGGUUACGGCGGAAGUAGCGGAGGUGGUGGAGGCUUUAGCAGUGGUGGUGGUUAUGGUGGAAGCUUUAGCAGUGGUGGUUAUGGUGGAAGUAGCGGAGGAUUUAGUAGUGGUGGCCAUGGUGGAAGUAGCGGAGGUGGAUUUGGUGGAGGCGGACAUAAAAUAACACUGUUAGCCAUUCCUGUUUCCAUUUCUUCUGUUGGCAAAGGAGGAGGUGGAGGUGGUUAUGGUGGCAGUGGAGGAGGUGGAGGUGGUUAUGGUGGCAGUGGAGGAGGUGGAGGUGGUUAUGGUGGCAGUGGAGGAGGUGGAGGUGGUUAUGGUGGCAGUGGAGGAGGCGGUUAUGGCGGUGGCGGUGGAGGUGGCGUCAGUGGAAUUACUCUUUUAGGACUUGUAGGAGGUGGAGGUGGAGGACACGGUGGUGGUGGUAGUUUUGGAGGUUUCAGCAGUGGAGGGAGCUUUGGUAAGGGAGGACAUGGUGGUGGAGGUUACGGCAGUAGCGGUGGCUUUGGAGGUGGGAGCAAAGGUGGCGGAGGCUAUGGCAGUAGCAGCAGUGGUGGCUAUGGUGGUGGAAGUAGUUUUGGAGGUGGUGGCAAAGGUGGUGGAGGCGGUGGUUAUGGCUCCUGGGUUAGUAGAUCUUUUUAA